AUGGCGUCGGCGUCGGCGUCGGCGUCGGCGUCGCGCGCGCUCCGCCUCGCCAGCCUCUCGGCGCCCCUCCCCGGCGGCGGCGGCGCCGUCUCCUCCCGUCCCCUUCGCCCCCUCGCCGCCGCGGCCGGGAGCCUCCACCCGGCAGCGGCGCAGCGCCCGUCCCCGUCCGCACCCGCCAGGCUCUUCUCGUCGCAGCCCGCCACGUCGUCGCUGAGGGACUCGUCGCCGAACUGGAGCAACCGGCCGCCCAAGGAGUCGAUCCUUCUGGACGGCUGCGACUUCGAACACUGGCUCGUCCUCAUGGACUCGCCCCCCGGGGAUCCCGGGAACCCCGACGUCCCCCGCGACGGCAUCAUCGACUCCUACAUCAAGACCCUCGCAAAGGUCGUUGGAAGCGAGGAAGAAGCAAGGCAAAAGAUAUAUUCAGUGUCAACUCGUCAUUAUUUUGCUUUUGGUGCCCUCGUAUCUGAGGAGCUAUCCUACAAAAUCAAAGAGUUGCCCAAUGUCCGCUGGGUUCUUCCUGAUUCAUACCUGGAUGUGAAGAACAAGGACUAUGGAGGGGAGCCUUUUAUAAAUGGACAAGCUGUUCCGUAUGACCCUAAGUACCAUGAGGAGUGGAUGAGAAACGAUGAACGUGCCAAUAAUAGAAACCGGCGCAAUGAUAGGCCUCGUAACACUGAUAGAUCAAGGAGCUUUGAUAGAAGGGAGAACAUGCAGAACUUCCAGAACAGAGAUGUGCCCCCUGGGCAGGGAUUUAACAGCCCCCGUCCAGGGCAGAACCCGAGGCCACCUUGUGACGCUCCUCCGAUGCACCCUGCUCAGGGCAACAUGCCGCCACCUCCACCACCAAAUGCUGGUGCUCCGCCGUCGUACCAACCACAUGCUCCAAACUAUCAGCAAGGUGGUGCUCCUGGCUACCAAGGUGGACUGCCUGGAUACCAAGGUAGCCCUGGUGGUAACAUGCAUGGUGGCCUGGGCCCUGCUUACCCGAGCAACAACCCUGGAUAUCAAGGUGGAGGGCCAGGCUUCCAGGGAAGCAAUCCAUCUCCUUCCCAAGGUGGCGGCCAACCCCCUUAUCAGGGCAGCAAUCCGCCACCUCCGUUCCAAGGUGGCGACCAACCCCCUUACCAAGGUGGCAACCCUAGCUAUGGCAGGGGUGGUGCACCAGGCUACCCAGGCCAAGCAGGAAAUGCAAACUACCAACAAAACAGCAGUAACUACAACGCUGGUGCACCGGGCUAUGGGACGGGAUUCCACUGCAUGAACACCUGUCACUGA